UUCUUAAUUGCAACACCAACAACAGCAACAACAACAACGACAACAAGAAGUCUUGCAUUUAGACGAAUCAAAAGGCAAUGACGUUGAUUUAUACACCAAUAAGCGUGAAAAUGAGCAACGGGGAUGGAAUUGGCUUGAGCAUUGGAAGGCAUCGCAGCCAUCCCAUGCCCGAAACAUGGGGCCAAGGGAGAGCCGCUAUGUGACACUCGCCACUACCGAUGACACCUUCAAAAAGGCCGUUGAAAUGGAUUUGGUAACACCAAUGGGCUCAAAAAAUAUCAAUAUGGGUCGGAUCAAUGGUGGCUCAAUUGAAUCAAAUCCGUACCCAACUCACCCGCGAAUACAUUUAGGCUUUGAUGGUGUCCCAAGCUAUAUGGUUCCAACCCAAUCUGCAAAAGCCAAGGUGCGGAGUCAAGCCACUGUGGGCCAGGUUAGCCCAUCAGUAGCAGCUCGCUGGAAUCCCUCAACAAAGAGAGGAACAACUGUUGGGUCGGGUUGUGAUUCGCCGGUCUCAAGUGGAGGAUCAACUACUUAUCAGGCCCCAAGAAGCCCAAGCACAAAAUGGAAUCGGCCUAACGGGCCUAGUGUUCAGGCUCAAUGGAUUUCAGGCCGUAGCCCGGAUUGUAGCAGGGAUGGCAGGGCACUUCCAUUGGGAAGUCAUAAAUGGAGACACACUUUUGGUUAAUUGUGUUGAGAGAUCCUUUUUAUAAUGUGUGAUAGUUAGACUUUCUCAUCAUUGUGUGUGCGAUUAUUAUCACUUAUUUAUAUGUUGUACAAUUUUAUUUAUUAGUAUUAUUAUUUUUAAAUUAGGCAUAGUGUUUGUUGUGGUUCUGUUCUAUUCUUUGUAUUUUGACAAUAAUGUGAUCAUUGUUAAAAGUAUGUCUCUAGAGGCGAAUUUCUCGUCA